AAUGAUGGGAUCUGCCCAAAUUUCGCUUCUAAGCAGUGUGAACAUAUUUCUUUAUGCAUACGUUAUAUCGAUGAUUAUGGAUGCACACAUGCGUUUUCUUUUUGUGUGCGUAAAUCUUCAUUAGCCUGGCUAUGCGCAUGUGAAUGCAGCAUUCAAGCCAUUUUUCGUUGCAGUGUUGUGAAACAGUCGCACUAACUUUUGGUUCGCUAUGCUUCUCCCUUCUGCUAAAGCGAGGGAAUGGCAGCAACUCCAGUCAAAGAAAUUCUCGGAAAAGCGAAAAUUUGGCUUCGUGGAGGCUCAGAAAGAAGAGAUGCCUCCGGAACAUGUGCGAAAAAUAGUUCGAGAUCACGGGGAUAUGACAAACCGCAAAUUUCGACAUGACAAACGGGUCUACCUCGGUGCACUAAAGUACAUGCCACAUGCUGUUUUGAAGCUCUUGGAAAACAUGCCAAUGCCAUGGGAGCAAAUUAGGGACGUGAAGGUCUUGUAUCAUAUUACUGGCGCUAUCACGUUUGUCAAUGAAAUCCCAUGGGUAGUAGAACCAAUCUACAUUGCACAGUGGGGUAGCAUGUGGAUAAUGAUGCGCCGGGAGAAAAGAGAUCGACGACACUUCAAAAGAAUGCGAUUUCCUCCCUUUGAUGAUGAGGAGCCUCCGCUGGACUACGCGGAUAAUAUCCUUGACGUCGAGCCGCUGGAACCUAUUCAAUUGGAACUUGACCCUGAAGAGGAUGGUCCCAUUGCUGAGUGGUUUUAUGAUCGAAAUCCCCUCGCAGAAUCUGAGUAUGUCAAUGGAAUCACCUACAAACGCUGGAACCUCCCCCUAAAUGUCAUGUCUAACCUGUAUCGUCUGGCAAAUUCUCUGUUAACCGACUUGGUGGACGACAAUUACUUCUACUUGUUUGAUUUGAAGUCUUUCUUCACCGCGAAGGCUUUAAAUGUCGCCCUUCCUGGUGGACCUAAAUUCGAACCUUUGGUCAAGGACAAGAACUUAGAAGACGAGGAUUGGAAUGAAUUCAACGAUAUCAAUAAGAUAAUUAUCCGUCAACCUAUUCGCACGGAAUACCGCAUCGCUUUCCCGUACUUGUACAAUAGUUACCCUUUUCAAGUGCAUCUGUCGUGGUACCACACUCCGAAUGUGCUCUUUAUCAAGACAGAAGAUCCCGAUUUACCCGCUUUCUACUUCGAUCCUCUAAUUAAUCCCAUCUCCCAAAGACAAGGUGUUAAGGCUCCCGAAAUUUUGCCAGCCGACGAUGAAACCUUUGAACUUCCGGAGCUGAUGAGGCCUUUUCUCAGCGAAACUCCACUAUACACUGACAACACGGCCAAUGGAAUCGCUUUGUUAUGGGCUCCUAGGCCAUUUUGUUUGCGCUCUGGAUCCACCCGAAGAGCUCUUGAUAUCCCCCUUGUUCAGUCGUGGUAUCGCGAACACUGCCCCGCCGGAAUGCCUGUGAAAGUCCGAGUAUCUUACCAGAAGCUCUUGAAAUACUAUGUACUCAAUGCUCUGCAUCACCGACGUCCGAAGCCACAAAAGAAGCGCUACUUAUUCCGCUCCUUCAAGGCCACGAAAUUCUUCCAGACCACAAGUUUAGAUUGGGUAGAGGUUGGCUUGCAGGUCUGCCGUCAAGGCUACAACAUGCUCAAUUUGCUAAUACAUCGCAAAAACCUCAACUAUUUACAUCUGGAUUACAAUUUCAAUCUGAAACCGGUCAAGACCCUGACCACGAAGGAACGCAAAAAGUCACGUUUUGGCAACGCCUUUCACUUAUGCAGAGAAAUUCUGCGCCUUACUAAACUCAUUGUGGACAGUCACGUUCAAUAUCGCUUGGGAAAUGUUGAUGCUUUUCAGCUGGCAGAUGGAUUGCAGUACAUAUUCGCUCACGUUGGUCAGCUAACCGGAAUGUAUCGAUACAAGUACAAGCUCAUGCGUCAGAUCCGGAUGUGCAAGGAUUUGAAGCAUGUAAUCUACUAUCGAUUCAACACCGGUCCUGUCGGAAAAGGCCCCGGCGUGGGUUUCUGGGCUCCUGGUUGGCGAGUCUGGCUGUUCUUCCUACGAGGCAUUACCCCAUUGUUAGAGCGCUGGUUGGGCAAUCUUCUAUCCCGCCAAUUCGAAGGUAGACAUUCUAAGGGCGUUGCAAAGACCGUGACAAAGCAACGUGUCGAAUCUCACUACGACUUGGAGUUACGGGCUGCGGUGAUGCAUGACAUCCUUGACAUGAUGCCGGAAGGUAUCAAACAGAACAAAGCCAGAACGAUCCUUCAGCAUCUCAGUGAGGCUUGGCGUUGUUGGAAGGCUAACAUUCCAUGGAAGGUCCCAAAUAUGCCGAUCCCGAUUGAGAACAUGAUCCUGCGGUACGUCAAGGCAAAAGCAGAUUGGUGGACCAACACUGCGCAUUACAAUCGAGAGCGCAUUCGUCGAGGCGCUACGGUGGACAAGACGGUUUGCAAGAAGAAUUUGGGUCGACUCACGCGGCUUUAUUUGAAAGCGGAGCAGGAAAGACAGCAUAAUUACCUGAAGGAUGGACCUUAUGUCACUGCGGAGGAAGCUGUCGCAAUUUACACAACCACUGUGCACUGGUUGGAGAGCCGCCGAUUUUCCCCCAUCCCCUUUCCUCCUUUGAGUUAUAAGCACGAUACAAAACUUCUAAUAUUGGCUUUGGAACGUCUACGGGAAUCUUACAGUGUGAAAAACAGGUUGAAUCAGUCCCAGCGUGAAGAACUUGGUCUGAUUGAACAAGCCUAUGACAAUCCUCACGAAGCAUUGAGCCGCAUCAAACGUCACUUACUCACACAACGAGCGUUUAAAGAAGUUGGUAUUGAAUUUAUGGAUUUAUAUAGCCAUCUGAUUCCUGUCUACGACGUCGAGCCGCUGGAGAAGAUCACGGAUGCCUACCUAGAUCAGUAUUUAUGGUAUGAAGCGGACAAACGACGCCUGUUUCCUCCAUGGAUUAAGCCCGCUGAUUUGGAGCCUCCUCCACUGUUGGUUUACAAGUGGUGUCAAGGGAUCAACAAUCUCAAGGAUGUAUGGGAAACGAGUGAAGGGGAGUGUAAUGUUCUUCUAGAGACGAAGUUUGAAAAGGUAUACGAAAAGAUCGAUCUUACUCUGCUGAAUCGUCUACUCCGGUUAAUCGUCGACCACAAUAUCGCCGAUUACAUGACAGCGAAGAACAAUGUUGUCAUCAAUUAUAAAGAUAUGAACCACACCAAUAGCUACGGUAUUAUUCGCGGUCUUCAAUUUGCCUCCUUCAUAACGCAGUACUAUAGUCUUGUGCUGGAUUUACUGGUUUUGGGUUUGGAGCGUUCAGCUGAAAUGAGCGGUCCUCCUCAACUACCUAAUGACUUCCUUCAGUUCCAGGACACAGCGACAGAGGUCGCACAUCCAAUCCGACUUUACUGUCGCUAUGUUGAUCGUUUUUGGAUGUUUUUCCGAUUUACCGCCGAGGAGGCUCGCGAUUUGAUACAACGCUACCUCACGGAACAUCCGGAUCCUAACAAUGAAAAUAUAGUCGGAUAUAAUAAUAAAAAAUGCUGGCCGCGUGACAGUCGCAUGCGUUUAAUGAAACAUGACGUCAAUUUGGGCCGGGCGGUUUUCUGGGAUAUUAAGAAUCGCAUCCCGCGAUCCAUCACCACAACUGACUGGGAUAACAGUUUCGUUUCUGUGUACAGCAAGGAUAACCCGAAUCUACUUUUCGCCAUGGCCGGUUUUGAAUGCCGCAUCCUACCUACCUGUCGGGCUCCUACUCAGGCCGCAGAUGCCAAUCUUCCCAGUGGCGUUUGGCAUCUUCAGAAUGAGGUUACGAAAGAACGAACUGCCCAAUGCUUCCUUCGGGUAGACGAUGAGUCUAUGCAGAAGUUCCACAACCGAGUGCGACAAAUCCUCAUGGCUUCCGGCUCCACUACUUUCACGAAAAUCGUGAACAAAUGGAACACAGCUUUGAUCGGUCUAAUGACCUACUUCCGCGAGGCUGCUGUUAGCACUGUUCCACUGUUAGAUUUAUUGGUCAAGUGCGAAAACAAAAUCCAAACUAGAAUCAAAAUUGGUUUGAAUUCGAAGAUGCCCGCACGCUUCCCACCUGUUGUUUUCUAUACACCAAAGGAACUGGGUGGUCUCGGUAUGCUGAGUAUGGGCCACGUUCUCAUACCACAGUCCGACUUACGUUGGUCCAAGCAAACAGAUGUAGGAAUCACACAUUUCCGGUCCGGCAUGAGCCACGAGGAAGAUCAGGUCAUUCCAAACUUGUUCUCCUACAUUCUUACAUGGGAAACCGAAUUCCGGGAUUCGCAAAGUGUCUGGGCCGAAUACGCACUGAAACGACAGGAAGCAAACGCGCAGAACAGGAGGUUGACUCUGGAGGAUCUGGAGGAUAGCUGGGAUCGCGGGAUACCCCGCAUCAACACUCUCUUCCAAAAGGAUCGACACACUCUCGCUUAUGACAAGGGCUGGCGUGUGCGUACUGAAUUCAAGCAAUAUCAGGUACUCAAACAAAAUCCAUUUUGGUGGACCCAUCAACGUCAUGACGGGAAGUUGUGGAAUCUGAACAAUUAUCGUACCGAUAUGAUCCAGGCUCUCGGUGGUGUGGAGGGCAUCUUGGAGCACACUUUAUUCAAGGGCACUUACUUCCCAACCUGGGAGGGCUUGUUCUGGGAAAAAGCCAGUGGUUUUGAGGAGUCCAUGAAGUACAAGAAGUUGACCAAUGCUCAACGUUCUGGUUUGAACCAAAUUCCAAAUCGCCGCUUUACCCUUUGGUGGUCGCCUACCAUCAAUCGUGCUAACGUUUACGUCGGUUUCCAAGUUCAGCUCGAUCUUACUGGUAUCUUUAUGCACGGUAAAAUCCCCACACUGAAAAUUUCCCUCAUUCAAAUCUUCCGUGCUCAUUUAUGGCAAAAGAUUCACGAAUCCGUGGUUAUGGACAUAUGUCAAGUCUUCGACCAGGAACUAGAUGCGUUAGAGAUUGAGACUGUACAGAAAGAGACCAUCCAUCCCAGAAAAUCAUACAAAAUGAAUUCUAGCUGUGCCGACAUCCUACUUUUCGCCUCCUACAAAUGGCCGGUUUCCAGGCCUAGUUUGUUGGCUGACUCAAAAGAUCUCAUGGAUGGCACUACCACGCAAAAGUUCUGGAUCGACAUACAGCUUCGCUGGGGCGACUAUGAUUCCCACGAUAUCGAACGCUAUGCUCGUGCAAAGUUCCUCGAUUACACAACGGACAAUAUGUCAAUUUAUCCUUCACCGACAGGCGUCAUGAUCGCCAUUGACUUGGCCUAUAAUUUGCACAGUGCCUAUGGUAACUGGUUCCCCGGUUGUAAACCGCUGAUACAGCAAGCCAUGGUCAAAAUUAUGAAGGCAAAUCCUGCUUUGUAUGUACUCCGUGAACGCAUUCGGAAAGCUCUGCAACUUUACUCCAGUGAACCCACUGAGCCUUAUCUCAGUUCGCAAAAUUACAACGAAUUGUUUUCCAAUCAAAUUAUUUGGUUCGUCGAUGAUACUAAUGUGUAUCGCGUCACUAUUCAUAAGACCUUUGAGGGCAACCUCACAACCAAGCCUAUCAACGGUGCCAUUUUCAUCUUCAACCCGAGAACAGGCCAAUUGUUCUUGAAGAUUAUUCACACAUCAGUGUGGGCCGGUCAGAAGCGUUUGGGCCAGUUGGCCAAGUGGAAGACCGCCGAGGAGGUUGCGGCACUCAUCCGAUCACUACCUGUGGAGGAGCAACCGAAACAAAUUAUCGUGACACGCAAAGGCAUGUUGGAUCCGCUCGAAGUACACCUUUUGGAUUUCCCCAAUAUUGUUAUCAAGGGUUCCGAGCUGCAGCUGCCAUUCCAGGCUUGUCUUAAAGUGGAGAAGUUCGGUGAUCUUAUUCUAAAAGCCUCGGAGCCCCAGAUGGUUCUGUUCAAUCUGUACGAUGAUUGGUUAAAAAACAUCAGUUCUUAUACCGCCUUUUCUCGGCUGAUUCUCAUUCUUCGCGCCCUCCAUGUCAACAACGACAAAGCAAAAAUAGUGCUUAAGCCUGAUAAGACCACUGUCACCGAGCCACAUCACAUCUGGCCCACCUUGUCUCCCGACGACUGGAUCAAAGUGGAGUAUCAACUCAAAGAUCUCAUUUUGGCAGACUACGGAAAGAAAAACAACGUCAAUGUGGCUUCCUUAACUCAAUCCGAAAUCCGCGAUAUUAUCUUGGGAAUGGAGAUCUCUGCACCAUCCCAGCAGCGUCAACAAAUCGCCGAGAUUGAAAAGCAAGCAAAGGAACAGUCUCAGCUCACCGCCACUACCACCAGAACUGUGAACAAGCACGGGGAUGAAAUCAUUUCCACCACCACCUCCAAUUACGAAACCCUACAUUUCAGCAGCAAGACUGAGUGGCGUGUACGUGCCAUUUCAGCCACUAACCUCUAUCUUCGCACAAACAAUAUCUAUGUCAGCUCAGAUGAUAUCAAGGAAAAUGGAUACACAUAUAUUCUGCCCAAAAAUAUUUUGAAAAAAUUCAUCACUAUUUCGGAUUUGCGGACUCAGAUCGCCGGCUAUCUCUACGGUAUUUCACCUCCGGAUAACCCCCAAAUCAAAGAAAUUCGAUGCAUCGUGAUGCCUCCUCAAUGGGGCACUCAUCAAACCGUCCACCUUCCCAAUGUUCUUCCACAAGAUGAAUAUCUGCGGGAGAUGGAACCUCUGGGAUGGAUUCAUACUCAACCUAAUGAAUUACCGCAGCUCUCUCCUCAGGAUAUAACCACGCACGCCAAAAUUUUCUCCGAACAAGAUGGCGAGAAGACAAUAGUGAUAACAUGCAGCUUCACACCUGGGUCCGUGUCCCUUUGCGCGCACAAACUCACACCCGGUGGCUACGAAUGGGGCCGUCAGAAUACCGACAAGGGGAACAAUCCGAAGGGCUACCUUCCGAGUCACUAUGAACGGGUUCAAAUGCUUUUGUCCGACAGGUUUUUGGGCUUCUUCAUGGUGCCUCCUCAAACUUCUUGGAAUUACAAUUUCAUGGGUGUCCGACAUGAUCCGAACAUGAAAUACGAAUUGCAGCCGUUGAAACCCAAGAAGUUCUAUCACCGAAUUCAUCGACCUUCGCACUUUUUGAACUUCACAUCUAUCGAGGAAAGCGAGCUCGCCUCGGCCGAUCGUGAUAAUCCACUUGCUUGAUUCUGUCCUUUUUGUGUGCCCCUCCCCCAACUUGUUCCUCUUGUACACUUUCUCUUAACUUGCCGCAAAAUAUCUUCCAACUCCAUUGUUUGUUAAUCUGUCGUUCGUCAUUUGAUGAGACGGCCUUUGGUAAGGAGACAAACAUAAGAACAUCACUAUCUUCGUGACUAUGCCAUAUCCGAAGGGGUAUUUAACCACUGAUAAUGCUCACCCAGACGCUCUUCCGGGGAGGUGACAAACAUCAACCCGGUUCAGCUUUUUAACAAGCUUUUUCUACUCUCUUUUGCUAAGUCGUAGAAUGGAUUUUAUCCAUUUAGGUGUAGUGCUCGCGAUUGAUACAUGCUGAGUUAGCCGACUCACAAGUAUACGAAGCACAUGGCCGAGAUCGACCACCGCCUUUGUGUGCCACACGAUUGUGCAUUACAAUCAUGUUUCCAAACUUGCUCUGGAUCCUUUUUAUCAUGUAUUCGUUGUUCUACUCCGAAACGACCUUCGCUGGGACGUUCCAAUGUAUAUGCUUCUGGUUCACUGGCCAUCUGCAAUUAUAAUUCAGCCGCUUUCCACACAAAAUCUGAAUCCCACCGCCAUUUGGUCAUUUCUGUGGUAAACGUUUCAGUAUGUAAACACUAAACUUCAACCAUGUACUGAUCGUGUAGAAAAUUCUGUCUAGUCAUUGUUACUCUCGACUUCGUACUUUGGGCGUGCACUCUCUGCUCAUGUUAGUGUGUGCAAUUUCCAAACGCUCCUGUCAUCAUAGGCCUUAAGGUUUCUCUGUCUGCUUUUGCAAUCAUUGCUUAACGCUGCUUCUCAGGAAUGACGUGCCAAGUUUUUAUUGCCACCAAGGCACUCGUUAUCUGUUGUUAAUUUUUUGCAUCCUCUAUGAGUAUAGUAUUCUAGAG